CGCCGCGGCGAUCGCACGUGUCGGCAUGCCCGCGAAGCCUGCGCGAGUGUACCGCAGUGAGUGCCGUGUCCAUGUGGACGGAUGCGAUGCGCCGGCGACACGCGCCUCGCGCUAACGCCAGUGUCAGUUGCGUGUGAAUCAAAACAAGGUAACUGUGAAAGAAAAGUUUUCAGUUGUAUUUAUGACAGAAACUUGCGCCAAACGGAAAAUUGAAAAGUGCGAAACAGUGUUUAGUUACGAGGUAAUAUUACACCUUCAGCGUCCUGACAGCGCUGGUGCGCGCGCAGGAUGUGCGCGUGCGCGUGGCGGCUGCACGUGUUCACCGCCGCGCUCGUGCUCGCCGCGCAUCUCAUCAAAGUGUUGUCGUGCGGCGAGGCGGGCGGCGGCGCGCGGGCCAAGCGCUACGUGGGGCUGUACACCGGGCCCUACUUCGACCCGUCCGCGCCCAACAACAUCACCACGCAGCUCGGCACGCACGCCUACCUGCCCUGCAAGGUUCGGCAGCUGAGCAACAAGUCGGUGUCGUGGAUCCGGCGCCGCGACGCGCACAUCCUCACGGUGGACCGCUUCACCUUCAUCGCCGACGAGCGCUUCCAGGCCUUCCUGGUCGAGGCCACCGACACCUGGACCCUGCAGGUGAAGUACGUGCAGGCGCGCGACGCCGGCGUGUACGAGUGCCAGGUCGGCACCGAGCCCAAGAUGAGCCACUUCGUGCAACUCAACGUUGUUGUGCCAAAGAUCGAGAUCAUCGGCGAGUCGGACAUCUACGUGAAGGCGGGCACGACGGUGUCGCUGAAGUGCGUCAUCACGCAGGCGCUGGAGGAGCCGGCCUACAUCUUCUGGUACCACAACGACGAGCGCGUGCUCAACUACGACAAGAGCCUCGUCGAGAUCCGCAUGGAGCGCGUUGCGCCCGACACCACGGUGGGUAACCUGAUCAUCUACAGCCCGCGGCGCGAGGACUCGGGCAACUACUCGUGCUCGCCCUCCAACCUCGACUCCGCCUCCGUCGUGCUGCACGUGCUCAGCGGUGAGUGCUCCGACGCCGCAAAUACUGGCGAGCAGCCGGCGGCCAUGCAGCACGGCAACGGCGCGGCGCGCGCGCCCGCUGACGUCACGCUGGCGCUGGCCGCGCUGGCCGCCGCGCCGCGCGCGCUGCUCAGGCUACUGGCGCUCGGCGCGCUCGCUCUCUUGUUCCUGUGA